AUGGCGACCCCAAAACCCGCCCGAGGCGGCGACGAUGCCUCGUCCGUGGCCGACGACAAUCUUCAAAACUCGGCGCCCUCCGGCGCCCCUCCGACCUUUGCCUCCUUCUCGCCCGUCACCCUGUCGGCAUCCGUCCCCUCCCGCUCCUCUCGUCGAUCCACCAUUCUCGUACAUCAGAAAAGCCCCCUGUUGCUGGCCACGCCGCCACAAAUCACACGCGCCCUCGCUUACUCGCACUCUUUUCUCCUACCCAUGAACAAGGCCGUCGGGCUGCUGAGCUGGACGACGGGUGACCCCUGGGAGAGCUUUCUCCUCGUCUGUGCCUGCGGCUGGAUGGAUGACCGCGACCCCGAACCGACCAGAAACCAGAAGGGACAUGCACGCUCAGGCUCCGAGAUCACACACACCCGCCCACCAGAAGACGCUGGACGAGAUUUGCGAGACCGCCCACCUACGACGAGACCCGCACUGACGGCCCUGUUUGUGCGAAACCUGUUCUGCACGCCCUUCUGGUGGGCCCUGACUCUGCCGCCUUGGAGGAUCAUCACGACCAGAAGAGUUGUGUUGCUGCUCGGCACGCUCGUCUUGACAUGGCACGCGCGCGUGGCCAAGGUGGCAAGAACCAUUCUCUGGCGGAGCGCGACUGUGAGGAAGACUGUGGCUCUCGUCACCGGGCUGCGUUUCGAAAAGCCCGAUCGCAAGCUAACGCCUCAGCCCGAUUCUGAUAUUGUCACGGCAUCGGCCGAUGGGCCUGUGCCGAAGAUUGAUCGCCAGACCUCCGAGCUGACGAAAGCCCUUCGUCAGAGGAGCCACAAGCACGGGAACAACGCCACGGGACGAGAUGCUGGUGUCAAAUUCACGUUUAUCCUGUACGAGAACCAGAGACGAUGGGUCGGUUUGGGUUGGACACAGAGUUUGUUUGCAUACGAGCGUGCGGCAUGGACGGAUGAGCAUAACAAUUCCGUCCCAGCAAAGGAUGUCUUUGAGUUGCCUGACGUCGAGGAUGGCAGCAAGAUGAGGUGGCGAUGGGUCGUGGGAAGCCGUUGGCGCGUCGAUGGCGUGACUGAUGAUGCUGCUGAAGAGACGGAUUUUGACGGAGAAGCCGGGAAGAAUGGCUGGAUUUACUAUGAUAACAAGUGGCAAGCAGGCCGUCGCGGGGAAGAUGGCUGGGGCAAGUGGACGCGCCGCCGAAAGUGGUACCGCGAUGCCGAGCUCGUCGAGAUCUCGGAGGAGGAGCUCGCAGCGGCGGCAGCGGCAGCGACAACAGCAGCAUCUCAGCCAACAACACACGUCUAUAGCACACUUUCCGAGAAGAUGGUGUCACCAACGCAAUCGACGCAUAAUCUGCCGCCAUUCUCCGAAGACGGGGCAAGCGAACAGGCCCCGGCAUCCCUAUCGUCUUCCGGUGGGGGUCGAUCAUUCUUCCGCAAGCCAUUGCGAAGGAGAGGAACGGGCCAGUCGUCCACUCGGUAG